AUGGCGUAUCGACAGGGCGGCACACAUUCGCAGAGGGACUCGUUGAGGCAGCCCCUCCUGCAGCAGACGGUGAGCGGGGUGAGCUCGUACGACACCGAUGCCGCCCUCAUCGAAGAGCGGAAUCGCGACAUGCGCGAAAUCGAAGGUGAACUGAGCGCCCUCCGGGAUGUGAUGCGCGACGUCAAGGGUCUCGUGGACGAGGGCCGCGACCAGCUCGACAUUGUGGAGGAACAGGUCGUCGUUUCUGACAUCCGAGUCGAGAAGGGAAUUGAUGAUCUUACCGAUGCGAACAGGCUGGCGUGUAGCGCGCGGUGGAAGAAGUUGUGGGUGCUCAUCUGCUGCCUCAUCCUCCUCGGCAUCAUCGCCGCCGUGGUCACGGUCAUCGUGGUCGUCCUCCUCAACAAAUAG